AUGUACACCGUCGGACACCGAUGUAAACCGUAUCCGGAUUACUUCCGGAAUUUCGGGGCCCUGUACCGGAUCACCAUACCACACGGGACAUCCUACACCAUCGUCUGUCCACAGACUAGACAGGAACUGAACAAUCCGGCACUGCCAAUAACCGAAAAUAUCCAGUCGUACCUGGACACCGUCAACCACUUAUCGUGUCAGCAUCCCUUUCCCGAUUUCCGCACGGCGCAGACACCGGACCGCGGCAUCACCGUCCUGAUUAUGAGUGCCCGCUACGCCGCGACCGCCCCGGUGGGCAUCUGCAUGGAUACUUUUGUCUGUGAUACGGAGAUGACCAGUCAGUGUGACCGCUACAUCCACCACAACUGCACGCUGGACGCCCGCGAUCCCCUGGAAUUGCCGGGUGUCAGGGACGAUCGCUGUUUGUGGAGUACGACUGCCGGCCGGCACCGGUGAUGAUCAACUAAUACGAACGGGAUCGCGGCGGACGGAUUUGGAUUGCUACUUUCAACGUAUAAAGUUUAAUGCAUAUAUUCAGUCAAUAUUGGGAUGGGCUGAUCAUGAGUCUUACGGUGAACUCGCGCCACUUCGAAGUUUGUUUGUUUGAUAUUCUUUUACGUAGUACGUAAUAAUAUCUAAUCAUGUAAUUAUCGCAGUUCGCAGCCAUGUGUGCUCGAUCUUGUUUCUCUACGAUACACAAUAAAUUAUUAUC